AUGGACGUAUUUCUCUCACAACCAACAGCCCACUGUCAUGCUCCUCAACCUGAUCGUGUGCCUGCUAUUCAAUUAAAAAAUGAAAUUAAAGCUCGUGCCGUAACAACAGAUGUAUCAACCAGCUCCAUUAUUCAUUCUGCUUUGCGUACGUAUCCGUUGAGUACUGCUGGUGAACUUCCAAAAAAUGAAGCACUUAUGCUAAUGAUUCGACGACAGCGUACUGUUGAAAUAGUCGAUGCCGAUGGUUGUUUACCAGAAAAAUUAAGAAAGACGUAUCGCGAUGAAGACUUCGUCUUGCACGAAGACAAAAAUUUAAUUAUCUUUACAACAAAAACAAAUUUAUCGAUUCUGAAGCAAAAUAAACAUUGGUUCGCUGAUGGAACAUUCAAAGUGUGUCCUGAUGAUUAUUAUCAAUUAUUCACGUUACACGCGAUGAUGACUUAUGCAAUUAUCCCGCUCGUCUAUGGAUUAUUAAUUGGUAAAAGUGCUCAAGAUUACAAUUCAUUCUUCGAAAAAGUAUUAGUACAAGACAAUUUUCAGCCUGAAUCAAUUAUGACUGAUUUCGAAACUGGUACAAUUAAAUCCGUUAGAGAAAUGUUGCCAAACGUUUUACAUAAAGGAUGUUUCUUUCAUUUUUCACAAGCGAUAUGGCGGCAAGUUCAACGAAAAGGAUUGGUAACAAAAUAUAAAGAAGAUGAGUACUUUCGUUUAAAUGUAAGAAAAUUGAUUGCUCUUGCUUUUGUUCCAGUAGAUGAAAUUACAACCGGCUUUGAAUUAAUUGCCAAUCAAUUCGACGAUGACGCCGAUGAUUUACUUGAUUAUUUUGAAAAAACAUGGACUGAUGAACCAAAAAGAAGAGGAACUGGUCGAAAGAAGCCUCAAUUUGAUCACAAAUUAUGGAAUAUGCAUGAUCGUGUCGUCGCUGCUGUAUCUCGUUCGAACAAUUCGGUGGAAGCCCUAGUGAAUGCACUGAGCUAA